ACGAGCUCAAGGAGCAGAUGGUGUACAUUUCGAAGGGAGUCAUCGAGAUUUUAUCCAGCGAGAACGGUGAGUCCGGUGUGCUCGCACUCACAUCAGGUACGUGCGUGGGCGAGGCGAGUUUGCUGUUUCCCUACAUCUCGGACGUCGAUUUCCGUUGCAAGACGACAACUGAACUCUUCACCUUGCAUCGAAACGAUUUCGUGAUAUUGUGCCGGCAUCAUCCGGCAGUCUACAGGGAUUUCCUGCAGCAAAUUCUGAAAAGAUAUAAGGAUGCCAAAAAGUUCAUCGACGUGAAGCGAAACCACCCGAAGGGCUUAACGAAUCUCCUUCAAUUGAAGAACAAUCUGCACCGUUUGAGCUCCAAGAAUAAGGAUCUGUACAGCAUGCACGCUCCGGAGAACAUCUACCUGGCGAAUGAGUUGAAUUACAAGUGUGAAAUGUAUCCUUUCAACACCAUGCGCUACUUGGAGUUGCUAUCAAUUAAGGAGAGAAUCCACUUUGACACUGACAUCGUGUUCAUCAAGUCGACGGGCAUGUGGAUACUGAAACCGAAUUCGCCUGUACUUGCUGCCUGGGAGUACAUUGUUCUGGUCUUCUGCUUGAUCGUCGCCCUAUGGAUUCCGUACAUGUGCAGCAUGAAGAAACGCUUCAUCUCUAACGAAUUCAUUAUAUUAUUCAACAUUCUCUGGUGGAUCGACUUCAUCAUACUGUCGGUGACGCCCGUCAACAGCGAAUCUAGAGCGACGACCAUGGUGACGAUCAUGUCGGAGCGCAUCAAGCACAUUUCGUUUGCGUGCGACAUCAUCGCGGUGGUGCCCUCGUUCAUGCUCACCUCUCUGUUACCGCAUAAGCUGGUCGAGUUCAACAGAACCUGGCUGUACAUGAACAAGGUGUUGAAGGUCUACAGGAUAUUCAAGUUCUUAAACGAUUGGGAGCGCCAGUUCAACGUGAACAUUCUUUUACAUACAGCACUCAAGUACGGUUUCCUUUACAUAAUGUUGAUAUACUAUACGUCUUGCGUGAUGGUCGCUUUCGGCAAUUCCGAAGGCCUCUUCACGACGAUCGCGGUGCAGAUGGCCUCUGGCGUCGGCUAUCUUUACAGCGAUGUCCUGUACAUACCGUACACGAUCGUACUGGAUUACAUUUCGUAUUUCCUCGAGUUUGCCGCAACCAACGCCAUAAUUGCAGCCGUCUAUCUGCGCUACAAUAAUCGAAAGAAAAUCCAGACGUUCUUUGCGCGAGUUUUCCAUUGCACCCAUCAGCGUACCGAUAAAAAGUAUCUGCUACGCAGACUGAAUCUUUGUAUAGAGACACACCUGAACGAUAACGAUGGUCUUAUGCUGAUGGUUUCAAUGCCAAAGUUCCUCGGCUUGUCGCCCUUUUUCAUGAACAUGGUGCAGACCGAAGGAUUCGUGGAUAUACUUUCAUCGGUGGAGAUGAUCAGCUUCAUGCCGAAGGGUCUGAUCGCUAAGCUCUCGGUGAUCUGCCACAAGGUGAUUUACCAUAGGCAAUGCGUGCUGAUAAGUCGCGGUGUUAUCUACGAUCAAGUGUUUAUACUGUACAAAGGGGUUGCAAAGAAGGUGGUUGGCAAACAGGUGUACGACACUGAGAUGCUGACGAUGUUGAAUUUGCUGGAAAUCUGCUACGGUCUGCCAUCAGCAAUGACGGUCAUAUGUUUGACGGAGGUGGUGUGUCUGUACUUCAAGUAUUCGGAUUUCGAGAGGCUGCUCACGGAAUUCCCGGAGACGAACGAGUUGUUCAAGAGCAAUUUGAGGGCGAACGAGGGGAUACGCGAGUUGCUGAUGCGAAUCGGAAGGGCGAAGAGUCAAUCGAAAUUGAUUGUAAAGGAUUACGACUAUUUCCAAUUUUGGAAGUUCAAGAAAGGCAAGACGGCGACUAUCUAUGAGAAUCACGAUUACCAUGGGCCCUUCAAUAAGCUCGGAAUGUUCGCGUUCGUCAGGUUCGUGCUGAUGCGCAAAACCGUACACCCGGAGAGCAAGUUUCUGGUUUACUGGGAACGAUUCAGAUUCUCGUUUGCCAUCUUGAGCUCCAUCCUCUUCCUCAUACCUUUCUUCAAUUCGAACUCUUCGAGCCCGAAUGUGCUGCUCUUCCUGUUGCUCGAUCUGACCGCCUACGCCGACGUCUACUUUCGGAUGCACGUCUGCUAUUACAACGAAAUCGGGAUACUCGUGAAGCAUCCGCUGGAGACUGCUCGACACUACUUGAAGCACGGUUUCUUCGUUGAUCUGCUCGGCGUUAUUCCCAUCAACUACAUCAUAGCGGACGACGAUAUUGCCGUGACCUUUGCAAUGAGCUGCUUGAGGCUGAUUCAGGUGCAUCGCUUCUACAGUUACAAGGCGAGCUUCAUGUGGCCCUCUGUUCCGCUGCAGCUGGCCGUAAAUUUCAUCACUGUGGUGAUAUUCAUCAAUUUCUGUUCGUCCGUGAUCGUGGUCAACGAUUGCGACAACUCUUACAAGAACGGCACCGAAUGGGUCGUCCUCUGCAAAACACUUAACAUGGAAUACUUUGACAUCUUCUCCUAUUACUUUUACGUCGUCUCGAGCACUGUGACGACCGUCUCCAUGGACACGUACAUAUCGUUCGAGCACAGCUACUUUCUCAUCACGUUCCUCGCCUAUUUGAGUUCGGUUUCGGUGAUCAUCAAGAUCUACAUCGUGAGCAACAUCUUCAGCUCGUUCUGCUCGAACGACGUGCGGCUUCCCAUCAGUCGUAAGAGCACGGCGUCGCUGCUGCACUUUAUGCGAAAGCGAAAGGUCAGUUUGUACCUGAGGCGCGAGAUCAAGAAGUAUUUCGACACCUCGUGGAUGGUCAUAGGUGACGGCAAUCCGUUCGAGCUGUACGCGAAUCUGAACACGUCGCUGAAACGCGACCUUCUCUUCGAGUUCUACGGCCCCAAAUUGACCGGUCAUUCCCUCCUCAGCGACAACAAGUUGCUGCUAGAGGAUUUCUUCAAGAAUUGCCUCAUCGAGAUGAACAUGAUGACGUUCAACAAGGACGGCUACAUCCUGACCAUCAACGAUAUCCAAGGAAAGAUUUUCUUCUUGCACACUGGAUACGUGGACGUCGUCGCGGCCGACGGCACCGUCCUCGACACCCUCGGCGAAUCGUCGAUCUUUGGCAAUAUGGAGAACGUUACAUUAUUUAGGCAAAAGGUGACGGUGGUGACGAACACGACGGUGCUGGUGUUCUUCAUGAAAACCAAGACGUUCUACAUGCUGAUCAAUUAUUUUCCGCACAUCAAGAAGACCUUUCUGCGUCUGAUGCAGUACAAGCAGUAUUACAUCGAGAGUUCAGCGCCGAAGAUGAUACGAAAAAUGGUGAACUUGCGCCACUACAAUAAGGCGAUGGUCAGGUACAGACUGUUCAGGAAGUUCUCAUUGUUGCACGCUCUGCUGCCGUGCUACGUCGGUGUAAUGAUGGAACUGUACCAGAUGGCCGUGUGCGAGAUCAGCGGCAAUUUUCUCGCCCUCCAAUUUUCUCUGGACGUUAUGCAUACUGUCCAUUCGGUCUGCAAGUUCUUCGUGGGUUAUCUGGAUGACAACUGGGAGCUCAUCACCGAGCGAAAACUGGUGAAGAAGCCGCACAUGAAGAAGACCGAGAUGGCAAUCACAGUGAUCAGCUGUUUACCUCUGGACUAUUUUAUGUUGAUGGUUUUCAACAUAAAUGGCGUCAAGGAGCAGUGCUUCUUCUUCAAUCUGCUGCGAAUAAACCGAGUGCUGAGAAUCUAUUACUUGAUUCGAUAUUUCUCGGAUCACCUCUUCAAAUACACCCUGACCAACGGAUACACCGUGUGGAAGCGAUGCUGCGUGUUCGUGCUGGAGAUAACUAUGUACGUGACAACGUGCGCCACUUUCCUGAUAAUGAGCGAGCGCAUCUUUUGGUACAUCACCAAGAAGAAGUCGUUCUCGGUGCACUAUUACAAGGUGCGACUGUGGAUGAGUCGCAUCUAUCGCGCACCCUCCUCCAUCAAAUUCGACAUCUACUUCAAGUACUGCUACUUUGUCAUGAUGUUUCUGACCUUCAAAUCGGACAGGAACUAUUACAUCUCGUCGACGAUGAUCAUGUCCUUGUACAUGAUCGUCGUCCUCGCCUCCUACAUCUGCAGCAUACUAAUGUUCGCGCAACUCUUCGAGAUCAUCGUGGAGUGUCUCAGUCCGCACGUCCACUACGGUCACAUCAUCAACUUCAUCAUGCACUAUCUUCGGUCACACGCGUCGCCCAUCAUCAAGCUGAAGCUCUCCAGCCAGAUGCAAAACUCUUGGUUUCACAUGCAAUCGCAUUCGCUGAAAGCACUGAACCUCGCCCCGUCCUACCUGAAGCAGUCCGUAAUGUACAGCAUCUACGGCCACCUCUUCACCAACCACAUCAUCUUCGGCCGAUCGCAUCCGGAUUUCGUCCGCCAGGUGCUGGUGCACGCGAAACAGGUGUUUUACCUCUGCGACGAUAUCAUCACGUACAAGGACGUGGACAGGGAAUGCAUGUACUUUAUAGUGAGUGGAAAGGUGGCGGUGCUCGAGGACGAGAUUCACUGUUUUCAGGCAGCUCACGAGGUCCUCAAUGCCGGCGAUUCGUUCGGCAUCAUCGAGGGUAUUUUCCCCAAGCAUCCAUACAAGUACACCUACAAGACGGUCGGCAAUUGCGAGAUACUCGAGCUCUUGCUCAAAGAUUGGAAAUACCUUUUGGACUUUUUCCCCGCCACCAAAGAGCACAUACUCGACGUGCACACGAACAUGAAUCUCUACUAAGAUGCGGGGAUUGUACGUGCAGAGAGCCUCGUGUACAGAGAGCUCCCUUUAUCCAGAGCAUUUUCCAUUAAGAAGUGCGCAUUUUUUUCCACGAAAAUCCGAAAAUAGUUUUGCUAUCGAAUAUUGACGAUAGUGUUUUGUAAUUUUUCACUUUCAGUUUUUAAUUUUUAAUUUUAUGUGUGUGUGUGUGUGUAUAUACAUAGUCAUAUUAUAUGUAUGUAUAAUUAUUUUUCGGUGAUUUUGCGAUGAUAUUUAUUGCAGCACACAAUCUUUAUCUGACAUGCAAUUAAUAAUGUUCAAUCGUUUGAUGUCAUAGCCGUCAAUCAAAAGAGUAUAUAUAACAUUUAUUUUAUGUUUAAUCAUUGUUUCGAUAAUGGAUCAAAAGGAUUUGCGCGGCGCAAAGUAAUGAUAUGCACCUGAAUUGAGAAUUGAAUCGGCAAAGAAUAAGGAGGAUGUGUGCGGUUGAAGAAAGAAGGAAGGAAGGAGCGAACUAACAUUGAUUACCCGCCGGAUAUGUCGAGGUCUUCUGUCGAGUUUGGUGGUUGGUGCACCACCGAACAGGGGCGCAUUCGGUGUGAUGGCCUGUCUGAGCCACGGC